CAGCCAGCCACGGCUAUAAGAAGACGCCGCGGCUCAGGCAGGCAGCGUCGCAGCCACCCACCCAGCCCGACACACGCAAGCACGCACGCACACCAGGAUGCAGGCUGAGGAAUACAACCGCCGAGGCAAGGAGUUGGUGGACUACAUCACAAAGUACUUGAGCUCCAUCCGCCAGAGACGCGUCAUUCCCGACGUCCAGCCGGGCUACAUGAGGGAACUGCUUCCCGACACGGCGCCCGCCGAGCCCGAAGACUGGCAGAGCAUCUUUGAUGACGUGGAGAAGGUGAUCAUGCCGGGGGUGGUUCACUGGCAGAGUCCGCACAUGCACGCCUUCUUCCCCAAUGUGACGUCGUGGCCCUCCUUGCUGGCCGACAUGCUGGCCAACGCCAUCAGCUGUGUUGGCUUCACGUGGGUGAGUUGUGUUGCGUGCACAGAGUUGGAAAUGAAUGUGAUGGACUGGCUUUGCAAAGCCGUGGGCCUUCCGCACUUCUUCCUGCAUUACCACAGCGACAGCCGUGGAGGGGGCAUCAUCCAGGGCUCCGUCAGUGAGAGUACACUUGUGGCUCUUCUGGCGGCCAGGAAAGACCAAAUUGUGACACUGCAGGCCCAGCAGGACCACGAAACGGACGACUCGGUCCUGAAUUCAAAAUUAGUGGCUUACGCUUCGGAUCAGGCGCACUCGUCGGUGGAAAAGGCGGCGCAGAUCGCUCUGGUCAAGAUCCGAUUCCUCGCCACAGACGAGCAUCUGUCGCUGAGAGGAGAGACGUUGAAGCGGGCCAUACGAGAGGACAGGAGCAGAGGGCUGGUCCCGUUUCUGCUGUGCGCCACUUUGGGAACCACAGCGACGUGCGCCUUUGACACGCUCUCAGAAUUGGGACCAGUGUGUGCUGAAGAGGGACUGUGGCUUCACGUGGACGCGGCCUACGCCGGCUCCGCCUACUUGUGUCCGGAGCUGCGCUGGUCCCUUCAAGGCGUGGACUUUGCACACUCGUUUGUCUUUAACCCACCCAAAAUGAUGAUGGUCCACAUCGACUGCGCAGCUUUAUGGGUCAAAGACAAAGUCAAACUGCAACAGACGUUUGCCGUCGACCCGGUUUAUCUCCGCCACGAAAACUCCCAAACGGUCCCAGACUUAAUGCACUGGCAGAUUCCGCUGAGCCGCCGGUUCCGCUCCCUCAAGCUGUGGUUCGUCAUGCGUUCCUUUGGACUGACAAAUCUCCAGGGACAUAUCAGACACACUAUUGAGAUGGCAGAGCUCCUGGAGACGCUGAUCAAAGGCGAGCCCAACUUUGAGAUUCCCGCAAAGAGACACCUCGGCCUGGUGGUUUUCUGUCUCAAGGAAGGUAACGCCUCCACCCAGGAGCUGCUGAGGAGACUGACGCGUUGCGGCGCCCUCUACCUUAUUCCUGCGGAGAUUCACGGCAAACGCAUCAUUCGAUUCGUCGUGAGCUCUCAGCACACCACGGCCGAGGACAUCCGCCGAGACUGGAGCAUCAUCUCCAAAAUGGCUUGCGAUCUCCUCGCCGACUCACGCGCGACUCAAACACCUUAAGAGACCGGUCGGG